CACAACAAUUCACACGACAGUUCUGCGUGUGAGGACGACGAUCACGAUGAAAUACAUGGUGGACGAUGAGGAUGAGGAUGUCGACACAUCCGCUGAACACGCACGCAUCUACCGGCAACAGCGCACAACUCCACCCACACAUGCCAUUGAGAAGAGGUGCAAGUGCGCCUCGGGCACAUGCUUGGAUUCUCUGCCGCCGUCUACCGUGCAGCAGAUCAGGGCAGAGUACGACAGACUGUCACAGCAUGCCAAACGCAUUGCAUGCCAGAGUCUCCUGGCGACGUGUGUCUCUGGGGCGGCAGGCACCCCCCCCCCCCCAAAGGCAAGCCCCGCAAGAGCCGCGCCAAACGGCAUCAUGACGACUCCGUCCCCGUCACUGCACACCGACUCCGCCCCAAGUACUGUGUGUUCGGUGCGUGUUAGCUUUAUGCACACAUGCCUUGCGUGCCAUGGUCAGGCGCAACUUUGUGCAAGACGUCGUUCAUGAAAGUCACGGGCAUGGGCUCUCGCAUGAUUGCCAACGCGCUUCAAGACCUGCGCAACGAGCACGUUGUGCCGACUCCAACGAAGCGCCCAGGCAACACGAAGAACGUGAAGCACCCUCGCACCAAGUUUGCCCUCGCAGUGAUUGACGCCAUCGCGCGGGUGGAUGGCCUGCCAAACCCUGGCCAGCGGGGCCCGAUGCUGCUCCUCCCCGUUGACAAGACCAAGAAGGCAAUGCACGAGGACUACCUGAGAGUGCACAAGGACACAUCUCCAAGCACUACUGGAGGGGAUGCCCUGUCCUACGGGGACUUUGUGUACGUCUGGCGUCGGCAUAUGCCCUGGGUUGUCAGCGACAAGCUCCGCACGGAUUUGUGCAACCGCUGCAUGGAGUUGCGGCGAAGCAAGAACCACGUCCAGCUCAAGCUGCACUUGCUGCCCACUCGGCUGGAGCGUGCGUUCUACCAUGCCCACGCACGCUUCGCCGCCCUUCACGCCAACACAUUGGCAUUGAGCAUGGACAAGGCUGGGACGUGCAGGCUGCCACAUCUCACCCAAGAGCCCAAAGACAUCUACUACACCACCGGCUUGGCUGUCGAUGUUUUCGGCAUUGCCAACUUGGGCACGGCGCAUCAAGUCAACUACGUUGUUCCUGAGACACAGCGCGCCAUGGUGCAGGGCGCAGACUUCAUGGUGUCGCUUCUGCACCACGUGCUGGAGGGCUACCCAGAGGCUGAGCGUGUGUACAUUCUGGCGGACAACACGGCGGCGCAGAACAAGAACAACUGUGUGAUGCAGUACCUCAGCGCGCGCUCAGUCCUGCGGCACCAGGAGAUUAUCUUGCACUUCAUGAUCCCGGGCCACACCAAGGCUGCCAACGACGCCCACUUUGGCGUGUUCAAGCAUGCCUUCAAGAACAAGGACGUGUACAGGUGAGCCCAUCAUGGAUGCUUUGGUGCGUGUGGUGAUGGUGGUGGUGGUGCGAUGUGGGAGUGCUGAGCGAACGGAUGGAGAGGGAAAGGAAGUGAUAGGAGGGCGAUGAUGUUGGUUGGGGGAUGGGGGGUGCAUGUACACAUGCACGUGAUGUUGUGUGGUGGUGGUAUCACAUGACAAUGACACACAUACCAGUGGCCCAUUCCUUUUGCUUGCACCUGUGUGAUUGUGAUUGUGUGAUUGUGGUGAUGACUGCAGCAGGCAACACACGGCGGUGGAUGCUGGAUUGGAUUGGCUGGGAUCGACUGGCCGUCGUGUCGUGUCGCCCAUUUCUCUCCCUCCGUUGCUCAUCUCAACCGGGAACACACACGGCCGUGUGUGCGUGUGUGCGUUUGCAUGUGUGUGCAUCGCCAUCAACCACGCUGACAGCGAUACGAUGCACGAGGUGAGGGCACGCAAUGCUGUGCGUGUUUGGUGGAAGGGGGUUGAGGGGAAGUGGGGAGGAAGGCGUUCAUCAUGGCCACCAUCACCACCACCACGGCUGUGUAUCUGGCCAUGUGACCGUACAUUUUGGGGAUGGAGAUGAGGGGAGAGAUGUUGGCGCUGCCACUUUGUUGUGUUGUCGUUAUGAUGGUUGUGGUAUCGCUAUGUGCACUGUCUCACUCUGCCAUGUAUGUGACUGUGCGCGUGCGACUGCAGAUGUGCGUGCUUGUGCUCGCUCUGUUCGACAAGAGCAGAUCCGAUGUGUCUUUCGCGCGCGGCAAUCGUGCCCCUCCCUCUCUUCUUGAUAUUUUGAUCGUGUUUACUUGCUAUACCAUGUAACACAACUGUAACAUCACAUUACAUCCUCUAUGAACCAA